ACACUACGUGAUCGUGGUCCCUACCCUGCAGAUCAAGUCAUUAGAUGUCUCGAAGGAAGCUUCGCCUUCGCCUUCGUCGUCUACGAUACUCAAACCUUCUCUGUUUUCUCAGCUUUGAGCUCUGAUGGAGGAGAGUCUUUACUGGAGAAUACUCGGCGACGGGUCUGUUGUCAUGUCUGAUGAUGGUCAGAUCAUAAAGCAAAUGAUGUGCCAAAUCAUUUGCUCCUUUCCCUACUGGGAGUAUGUACAUAGUGAGAUCGGGCUUAAGAGUUUUGAACAUCCCGAGGACAACAUGAAGGCAAUGCCGAUGAUUGACAGCGAAGGUGUGAUAUGUGGAGCUAACUUCCAAGUGGAUGCUUGUACUAAGAUCAAUGCCAUCCCUAGGAGAGGAACUGAAGCUAACUGGGCUCUCGCUAAUACCCGUUGAUUUCUUCUUCUAAUUGGUUCAAUCCUCUGAAUCGUUCUUUUGUCCUGAUACAUUUUAUUUUUACAUACUUCUUUGUGUAAAUAGACAUCAAUAAAGAUACAAAAGCACUUUAUAUUG